UGUCUUUUCUGCAGUUUUACCAUCACAUUUCACUAUGCACCUUGGCUCUGUUGGGUUUUACCUCCACGUUCUCCUCCUCUUCCAUCGUCUGAGCUCAGUUGCCCUGCAGGAGGUGGAUGAAGUACCAGUGGAGGUUAUUACUAACAGCAGCCCCUGUAGCAGCACCUGCGGGCUGGGGGUUAAAACUCAAACCUUGUGCUUAAUGGAAGAUGGCAAGGCAGCAAUCGAAGAAACUAAAGAGGGAACACGAGUGUCGGAGGUGUGUCGCGUCCGUAAGGUGAGGUGUCUGGAUUCAUGGCAGUGUGGACUCAGGACGAUGACUGUGACUUCAGGACAGAAAGUGGAGAUCGAUUGUCUGGGAGAAGUGAUGAAGGCAAUCGGGAAGUUCUCCUGGAGGGUGUCGUGGCGCUACGCCCGAGGAAUUAUCAGCUCUGACGACUCUCUCUUUGCUCACUGGGAAGCUCCUCAGCUGUACCGAGUGGUCCUGGACCCUGUCAGAGAGGAAGAUGCAGGUACAUAUCGCUGCGACGUGCAGGAUGCCAGCUUCCGCAGGGUGAAGAGGGCUUACUGGGGGAUCCGAGUUUUGCCUGCUGGGAUUCUCAACCUGGACUAUGAAAGCUCUCAGGCCCAGCGGGAGUCGACUGGAAACCAGCAGAGCCAGACUGUGCCACGCCAAAGCCCACUUCUUCUUCUCAUGGUUCUUUUGGUGCCAUGUUUUGUUUGA